AUGGGCAAGAGACGUAAUCAUUUCACAGUCCCCAAAAAACAAUCUUCAAAUCCGACUCGUCCAAGGCCUACUCCCGCACUCCGGAUUGGACAGAAGUGGAUGAAACUUCAGCGUUUUGAUGAGUACCCAGUUGAUUAUGAUGAGGAUGACUCGCGCCCUAGAUGGAUCACCAGACUGAAGGCAGAUGAUACUGUCUUGGUUCGUGGCACCAACCUCAAGAAAUAUGGUGAGAAGGACUACCCAGACUGCGACUUCUGGGUUCUCCACAUACGUGAUUUCGCACUCUCUGAUGUGCCAAAUCAGGGAGAGAUAUGGAUUAGGGGUGCGUGGUUUUAUUCCGCACAACAUGCUAAAGAGCUCGAUAAAUCUUUCAAUACUUCAAACUUUGCUCAAUAUGAAUUGUUCCGGUCGAAGCAUGAAGACUGGAUUAAACCAGAUAAUCUCCAUGGCCCGACUAUUGUCUACGAUUACGCCGAAGACGCAGUCGACCAGGGGCCAAUCAAUCCUGGAGAAUUCUUCACAAGGAGAGUGUAUGACCACAUCAAGAAUAAACUCUAUUCCGAGGAAGGCAACUCUGGAUGCCAAGCAAGUCACUGCCAUGGUGCCUACAAUCCAGACGAUACCGACACUGUAUAUCAUUUCUGCCCACGACCAUCCUGCCGUGUGUGGUACCACGAGCAUUGCCUCGGAUUCCAACAAUCAUGGUCCCGGGAUCAAACUUUUGAUGGCCACGCAACGGAGUUGCUUUGCUCCAAUCCUGAUGAAGAUGAUUCAUUUGUACUCCCUAGCACCACUUCAGCAACCUCUUCGACCUCGCGCUUGGACAACAUCCGCAAGUCCAAACAGCCAAGACUUGUAAUGCUGGGUCCUCGGGUUGGUGGUAUGGGAGUGGCUCUUGAUUCUCUCCCUGUGCCGCUGGUCAAGCUUGCACAGUGUCAGAUUGUCAAGGGCCCGAGCGUGCACGGCAUUUCAGGGAAUGUUGGAGAUGUUGUUGAUGCGAGAAGGAUCAUUUACAGGUGCUUAACCAUGAACGAUGAUAGAGCAAAGGAGGACUUGGAGGAAUGGAUGAGAGGGCAUGGAGUUAAGGACGAGCCUGGAGUAUCUGGCAGUGGACGUGUCUCGAAGAAGGCGAAGGUGUUGGGUCAGAAGGGGAUCUCACGUCCUUACAUCUGUCCAAGGUGUGGUGGCGCAAUCUGA